AUCCUUGGGGAUGUCAAGAGAUUACACCUAAGCAUUACCAAACUGCAGCAAGAACAUGGCUCGCCAGAUUCCCCUGUUGCCGCAAGAAAUAUUUCUGUGCCGUCCAACAACACUGGAUAUCCAUGUCAGCAUCACAGUGUACCACAGCAUAAUCUGCAUCCCUCAACAGCCAGUGUACAGAAUGCAACAACGUUUAAUAGAACAAGGACUUACUCAUCAGAUUCACAAGCAUCUGACUUCCCCGAACAACAGCAACAGCAUCAGUCUUUAGGUAAUCUCCGACGCCCCAGUGGUAUGGCGACUCAGCUUCAGCCAGAGUAUGUCAAAACCAUAAUAUCGUGUCUAUACAUGUUACUUGUCACUUGGAUCACAGCCAUCGUCAUGGUCUUCGUGCAUGACCGCGUUCCUGAUAGGGAACGCCAUCCUCCAUUGCCAGAUAUAUUUCUCGACAAUGUCCCACAUAUCUCGUGGGCAUUUCAGUUGUGCGAGAUAACGAUUAUUUUACUUACUACAACAUGGAUUAUCAUCUUGUUCUUCCACAAACACAGAUCAAUUGCUAUUAGAAGAUUCUGUGCUUUGUCUGGUUCUGUAUUCUUACUACGCUGUGCUACCAUGUUCAUCACCAGCCUGUCAGUGCCUGGCUCUCACCUGGAAUGUGCUCCUAGGGAUCCCAGUGACCUUGCGACCCAGCUACAGCAGGCAUGGAUCAUAUGGCAAGGCGGAGGACUCAGCAUCAAAGGCGUGCGCACGUGUGGGGACUAUAUGUUCAGCGGACACACCACUGCUCUCACGUUGCUCAAUUUUUUCAUAACAGAAUAUACUCCCAGAAGAAUGUAUUAUCUCCACAUUACCUCAUGGGUCCUCAACACUUUUGGGAUAUUCUUCAUCCUGGCUGCGCAUGAACACUAUUCCAUCGACGUUUUCAUUGCCUUUUACAUCACUUCGCGCAUGUUCCUCUAUUACCACUCAUUGGCCAAUAACAGAGCUCUGCAUCAAAGGGACUCCUUCAGAACAAAAAUUUGGUUCCCAAUGUUCAGCUACUUUGAGGCUCAGAUUGACGGGAUUGUCCCCAACGAGUAUUCAAACCCGCUUUCCAGAUCCAACAUUCGAUACUUUUGGAAGACCGUAAUCAUUACGCUGUCUGAGAAUUUAUUCAGCAAUAACUUAAAAGAGAAAGAUGAUUGAACAAUAGAAAAUAAAAAAUGCUCUUCAAAGCUUUGUGGUAAGGAUCAGUUAGAAUUAUUUCAAGGUUGUGAUAAUGCUCAAAUUUUUUAUAUAAGAUACAAUUUUAUUCCUGAGCAUAAAUACUUCAUAAUUCCUAGUUUGGCAUUAACAUUGUAGUUGACAUUGA